CUGACUGCCUCGGUUGGAAUGUCGGGCUCUUUUAGGGGGAACUUGCUAACUAUAGAUCUUCUUUCAAAAACGUUUUCGAAAUGGAUUGGCUACGUGGGUUACAUUUCCCUUCUCUUUUUUUCAUUUUUGAGCUCGGGGUUUAGGUGAUUGAUACCCGUAUACCUCACGAUUUUUGAAGGCGGCGACGAUGUUGACACCCCAGAGUACCGGCGGCUCUCAGAAUGGCUUCAUCUCGUCGCAGCCAGGCUCGACUUCGAAAAGGUGGAAUAAAGAGGAACUUCGAAAAUGCUGCGCUAUAGGAACCACGGAGCUGCUGGAUCUCAACCUGCAAGGGCAAAUCCACCCUAUCUUUGCCAACUGGGUAGACACGGACUUGGAGCUGCGCAAGGAAUUGGAACAAUCACUGCUACUCGCAAGCCGGAUGUUAGAUGCGGCGGGUCUGCCCUGGAUCUCCGACUUCCUCUCCCACGACCUCUUCACGGAGGAGUAUCCCGGGCGGAAACCAAGUUGUCGGUGUAGCUUUACGCACUCUGCUGCUGGGCCGAUGGUGGAUGGUGAAAUUGUGCCACGGUCUAUUUUGCGGCAUCACCGCGCAACGUGGGCUUCGGACGAAGUGAAGGGAGAGUGGAUAAGUACUGCGGAAUGUCAGAUCAGGGGCCGAAUGGCAAGGUCUCUGACAUGGCAGCUUGACGCUGAUAUGUUUAGCGAAAAGGGCAGGGUUGGAUAUACCUGCCGUCAUCCACGGGAUGGGUUGGCACUUGAUGAGAUUGAUAGGUAUGAGACUAUACAAGAGUGGGACAAAAAAUGUGAGGAUGGGUGGCGUAAUCAGACGAUAUUGGUGGCGGCGGAGUUUCCCCAACGGCUGGCGGAGUUGAGACGGCAGGGGAAGGAAAAUAAUGAGGAGUAUCUCCUAACAUCAUUCAUGGCGGCUAUAACAUUAUUGCAUGAACUCGGUCACGCCGUCUACUGGAAAGAUAGCCGCGCUCUUACACUGGGCUUACACGAGCCGUACUAUGGUGCCGAUCUACAGAUGGAAUUGGGUGAUAGUUUCGUCGCAUCUAUCUUUGGUGGCUGGAUACCAGUCCCUAUUAAAGACUUCGCCCAACUUCCAAAUGGGUUGAGUUUCUCUGAAGGUCUAGCAUGGAGACAGAUUCUCACCUGGGACCUGCACCGAUUGCGGCCUAAACACCGCGCUCACUACUCGAUACCCGUUGACUACAUAGCCCGUCUGUUCUCCGAUAAAUGCUGGCUAGAGGCACAAAGCGAUACUCUAGGUGGUUUGAUACAACCUCGAACACUUGAGUCGGCUACCAAAGACCUCAGUAUGUCUGCGCAGGUUGCUGCGGACGGACAUCAUGCUAUGGCCGCUAUACCGGACUUUCACUGUUCUGGUCAAGGUUGGAUGUGGAACCGGUUGCUAGGAGCGCGAUUCCGUAUACCACAGUACGACGGUCAUCUUUGUCCUGACCUCGACCUACCCGUCGCCACGGACGAUGUAAUCGAAGAGCCCAGGCCUUUGCCCCCACUUCAACCAUCUCCCGUUAUAACGCCGGCUAGCACAGCUAAAACAUCCAAUCCCGGGACAGCAGUGACAACAGCAACGCUAGACGACACUGCGUUACCCAGCUCACCCUUCCCCGAUUCCCCUCGAAUAGAACUAUUCCCCAAACCGCCGCGACGGAAACCCAACGUCAAUAUUAACAUCAAAGUGAACAUCAAGAAUAAGAAAAAGCCGGUCAAACCGGUCUUUAGAAGAGAGCAUACCGAGAAGAUAAAAGAGAAUAAUAAGAGCGAGAUUAGGGAGAGUAAAGGAGAUUAUAAGAAGAAAACAGCACCGAGCUUCAUCCGCCUAGCCAAGGACGAGCAGAAGCCUCUGAGUCCAGACCGUUCCGAGAUCUCAGUCGAUGAGUUGAGAAAUCGGCUCUCGCAGCUCCUGGGUAUCUCGUUUGAUGAGUUAGAGAGGUUUUUCGAGGCUUCGCGGUGCGCGUGAAAUAUUAUCGCGAGUAAUUAGGUACUGGAGUGGAAUAAUUCGUAAUGGAGAAUACUAGGUAAAUAUACGACUAGACCAAAUGUUGUAUAUAAACUCGGCUAAGUCAUUGGAUAGAAAUUGAGAAACAUAAGGAUACUUGUUAA